GCUGCGGUACUUACAGUGAAUGAGUCAUUUAAUUUAUUUCGAGUGAGGAACGAAUAUCGAGCAAACAUAACGGGAUAGGAACAAGAGGCAAUACUGCAUUUUAUUCAAAACUGACUGGAACUAAACACAAUGGCAAACACAAAUAUCCUAACAGCGGACGAUUUGAAACGUAUUAAGACAACGUUUCGGGAAAUAGACGGAAAUGGUGAUGGCCGACUGACCAAGCACGAGCUGAAAAGGGCGUGUAAAACCAUGGGAGUGCGCGUCAAACGGGAACAUAUGACCUCCAUGUUAUCGUCAAUGGAGAAGUGUGAGAAGGAAUACCUGACCUUUCGGGAGUUUGAUGCAUUCAUGCGGGACGUAUUAGAGGCGCAGAUUGUCGAGGACCGAUACCUCAAGGACGUUUUUGCUUCCAUGGAUGAAAAUGGGGACGGACACGCAACGCAUGAUGAAAUAGCAAAAGCUCUCGGGAUCUCCUUAGAUGUUGCUUUAGAAAUGAUCGGAGACGCAGAUAAAAAUGGCGACGGAAAACUUAAUUUUAAAGAAUUCACUGAAUUAUACCGAAGGCAGAAUGACUAGACCUUUCAUUGCCAUGUAUGACGGGCCUACGCGUGGUGUUCAGUACAACAGGAGAACGCCCUCCACUGAUCAUCACUUCUUUAUUGCUUACCUUUACAUGGUUGCAUGCGUGUCAAUUAUCAAUUUGUUUCAAGUUAUGUUGCGUUAUCGUGUACCACAGUUGAAUCAGUCUUUCUUAUAUAUAUAUAUAUAUACAUUUACAUUAGGAGAGAUUCAUGUUUUAUGUCAAGUAUUUCAAGGCAAUAGAAAGUAUAUGUGCAUGUAGAUAGAAAACAGUUGAAAUACGGCUUCAUCUCAAUUAAAAACGUCAUUGUCAUUGUCAAAAAAUACCAUGUAAAAUGUCAAUACUGCGUUGUUCGAUAUAUAUGUGUAUGAUGUGCGAUAAAGUCGUUUAUUAAAAGUUUGAUA